AUGGUGCAUGGUGCAGCAUGCAAUGCGUUUUGCGGCAUAUUGGCGUGUGUUUGUGGCUUUGGAGCAGCUGACUUUUGGCAGAUAUGGCGUGUCAUGCGUUCUUUGGCCUCCGACUCGGAAUCGGGCCAAUCGCCCCGGCUUGUAUAUCUUUCGACGCUUUCAAAGCACACUCAAGCGGUCAAUGUUGUUCGGUUUAGUCCUCAAGAUUUAGUUUUUCAGGAUGUGAGGUCUUUUAAAGCAUCAAGUUCAGAGUUCUGUAGGGCUCUGAUUGUGUGUGUUUUGAUCCACUAUCUUUUUAGCCUAUUUUUGGUGAAUAUUGACAUGUUUUUGGUAGGUGGCAAAUUAGCUUCUGGUGGUGACGAUGGAUAUGUGUUUAUAUGGGCUCCUGUGGACAAUGCACAGCUGACAACACCUGCUACACAUGCAGAUGCUGUCUUGGAUAAGGAGACAUGGCGGAUACUACGAUGUUGUCGCUCUGCUGGUGCUGAAAUCUAUGAUUUGGCCUGGUCACCAGAUUCAGCAUAUCUGUUGACUGGUUCAAUGGACCAUAUUGCACGUAUUUAUAGUGUUAGUGAAGGACAGUGUAUUUAUCAAUUGACGGAGCAUGUUCACUAUAUUCAGGGUGUAGCAUGGGAUCCUUUAAAUAUGUAUUUGGCAACGACUGGGAGUGAUAGGACAUUGCAAUUGUAUCGUGUGGAAACAAUGGCUUGUCUUCAGGUGACACCAUAUGCUUCCUUCUCGCGAAUUGAGUUUCCUGGUGCUGUUGGUUCGUAUCACAAUGAAGCAUUAUUGUCUUUUUUCCGCAGAUUGAGUUUUACUCCUGAUGGUAGUUUAUUACUAGUACCUGCUGGACAGUAUCGUAAGAUUGGCGAAUCGGAUGAAAUGCAUCAUACUGUAUAUAUUUAUACACGAGCGGGCUUAAGUCGGCCCCCUGUUGCACAUGUUUCGGGUCAUAAACGUCCUGCCAUUGCUAUUUCUUGUUCUCCAAAGUAUUACGCGCUGAGGAAAGUUUUCCAAACAGUAAAUAUGGCUGAAAAGGAUGUUUUAGUGUCUCCUUCACGUGAAGAAAUAAAUAGUGUAGUUUCUGGUUUGGUUUUGGAUUCCGAUUUGGAUUCUGUUUCGGACGCAACUUCAAAUCCCAUUUUCAAUGGUUCUUUGGACCUGUCUGUCGAUGAUAGUGUCUCUAAUGCCGCAAUGGAUGGUACUUCAUCUGUUACUUUAUCUGAUAUUAAUCCAAAUACACCAUCUUCUACCUUUUCGUUGCUUUAUCGAAUGAUUUAUGCCGUUGCAACACAAGAUACUGUCAUAUUGUAUGAUACUCAACAGGCAACUCCUCUGAGUGUAUUAACUAAUCUCCAUUACGCAACAUUAACUGAUCUUGCCUGGUCUUUUGAUGGAAAUUCAUUGCUUAUGACCUCUACUGAUGGAUUUUGUUCAAUUGCAAUGUUUGAUGAAAACGAGCUUGGUGAAGAAUACACAGGUCCAUUCCCACCAUCGUAUGUCGACAAAUCUGUAGUAUUGAAAGAUGUUUUAAAAACUUCUGUAAAUUGUUCGAAUUUAGUUGUUGAUAAUUUGUCCCAUUUAACUGCUCAAACACAGUCUAACGAAAAAACUGCUUCUUUUUUAAAUAAUGUAGACAAGAAUCCAUCUUUAACAGCAACAAGUGUUAGGGAUAAAAAGAAGCGGAUAGCGCCGACAUUAGUUCAGGUUUUUGAAGAAAAGCGAUAAAUCUAACGAUGUUUCAUUUUGGAAUAUAAAAGACAAUUGAGAUUGUUACAAUUUUGAA